CUGAGGUAGUGUUUACACUGUGUCAGGAUCAUCCUCACACCAGCUGUUUAUGGAGAUUCAUGGCUGUGCAGUAGCAAUCAAAAUGGCGGACAGACAUGGACGCAGGGUAAAUACUGUCUGUGUGGAGCUGGUACGUGGUACCCUGAGUAGUUCUACAAUGCAGGUGCUUCUGUCAAGUAUCAUCCGCGAUGUGUACAGCAUACCGAACGACGAGUUGUAAGGUGUAGCAGUGAAUGGAGUGUCCAGGAUCUUCAUCAAGUUCAAGAGUGCUGGGUUUUACUCCAGCAUAGUUGAUGCAUUCCAAGAAAAGAGGAUGACCGUUAAUUCUGCAGUGGAGGUCUGCCUACAUGACAUAUCAAGCUAUGUAACGUGGGUAAAGGUGAGAAAUGUCCCCUUUGAGGCCUUGGAAUAUGAUGAUGUGGAGGUAUUCCGUAGGUAUGGCAAGAUCCAUUCGGCAGAGUUGGGAGUGUGGAAGGAUGGGCCUUAUAUGGGGCUGCCAGAGGGAUCUUUCACCUUGAAGAUGACAUUGAGACAACCUAUACCAUCGUACGUUCUGAUGGAAGAGUUCAGAACACAGGUUUAUGUAUACAGUGGACCCCCGGUAUUCGAUGUUAAUCCGUUCCUGAGAGCUCAUCGAAUACCGAUAAUAUCGAAAACCGAAUCAAUUUUCCUCAUAAGAAAUAAUGGAAAUCAAAUUAAUCCGUGCAAGACACCCAAAAGUAUGAAAAAAAAAAAUUUACUACAUGAAAUAUUAAGUUUAAUGCAAUAGAAUAAUUACAAUAACAAUAAAAUAAUUGACACUUACCUUUAAUGAAGAUCUGGUGAUGAUUGAUGGGAUGGAAGGAGGGGAGAGGUGUUAGUGUUUAGAAGGGGAAUCCCCUUCCAUUAGGACUUGAGGUAGCAAGUCCAUUUCCAGGGUUACUUCCCUUUUUCUUUUAAUGCCACUAGGACCAGCUUGAGAGUCACUGGACCUCUGUCGCACAACAAAUCUGUCCAUAGAGCUCUGUACCUCCUGUUCCUUUACGAUUUGUCUAAAAUGGGCCACAACAUUGUCAUUGUAAUAGUCACCAGCACGGCUUGCAAUAGCUGUGUUAGGGUGAUUUUCAUCCAUAAAGGUUUGCACUUCAACCCACUCUGCACACAUUUCCUUAAUUUUUGAAGUAGGCACAAUGGAUUCCACAACUGGCAUAGGCUUCUCAGGGUUAGCCCCAAACCCUUCAAAAUCUUUCUUAAUUUCCAUACUAAUUCUCACCCUUUUUUACCACAGGGUUGGCACUAGAAGCUUUCUUGGGGCCCAUGGUGACUUAUUUUGCAGAAACAAGCACAAAACACAGUGAUAAUAUGGAAUGUACUGAAUGUAUCCUUAGAUGCGCGCACACUGGCUGGCUUGUAAACACUGGCACACACAGGGCAGUUCAGGCCACACGUGGACAGGUCUCGUACGAAUCAUAUCGAAUACUGGGUUUUCAAUCGAAUACCGAGGAAAAUUUUUUGUGAUAUAAUGCAUCGAAUACCGGAUUUAUCGAAUACCGAUGCCAUCGAAUACCGGGGGGCCACUGUAUUAUGCAGGACAACGUAGGCUGUGUGGGUCUUAUGACCAUAUGGCGGCCCAAUGUCAUCAAAGGCAGGGACGGAGGGAACAGGCGCCACCAACUGUGGAACGACAGCUGGGCUCCUUGGCACCUGGGACAGGUGAAGCUGCAAGCCAGGCGACUGGAAGUUGGAGUGAAGAAGUAGACAGAGCAGAGUUGGAGUUGGGAGCAUGCGCCACGUUACCUGUGGGAACUGUGUCUGAGCGACCAUCUACGGGUGCGAUUGUUGACAGAAGUGACUUACAACAGGAUGGUCUGUUGGACAAGGUCUUGAAAGACUUCUUGGGGGAGGUGGAAGACAGUCAGGAAGGGGAGAAGGAUGGGAGGGCAUUGGAGGGGGUAGCAGCUGCACAGGAGUGUGAGGACACCUUGUGCAACGAGAGUAAGCAGCACACGGUAGUGGUUGAGGUGCACCAGGAGGACAUGGAUGCUGAGGCAACGUGUGGAGGUGGCACACGUAAGCAAGCAGCUGGGACGUCUGAUAUGGAAGAUGUCUUAACACCAGGGCAGAGAUCUGGAAAGAAACCUUGGAAAACCGUGCUAGAUCUCCCGGGGAAUGGUGGCACCGGUUCUGUGGUGCUGCAAGGGUUGAAGGAAAAGGGGGGGAUCAGAGGUCUGGAUAGACCAAGUGACAAACGUGGCUAUAGUCAACAGCCACGUCUUUCGAGCAACCUUCAAAAGCGGCGGGGGAAGCCGCCUUUAUUGUAAUAAUUCAAGGUGGUCACCAUUAAUGUUAACGGCCUGAGAGCUGAGAUUAAGAGAGUGUGGAUGGAAUGGUUUUUGAGGAGAUUUGAUUUAGAUAUAUGUUUCAUACAGGAGCAUAAUUACAAGUUUGGAUGUGAGUUGCGUUUGAAGGGAUGUAAGUUAUAUGUGAGUGGAUCGGUGAGGUUAAAAGGGUGGGUUGCUGUGGCUGUGAAGGAAACCAGUCCCUUACGUGUGUUG